GUACUACUAUUAUUGUCAAUUUUGUGAUGUAUGUUUAUUUUUUAUUUAAAUUUAGUGUUAAUUUUUUUAAUAUCCAAGAGGUGUUAUCAGCAAAUCUCAAACAGAGUACUAAACAAUGCACAGAUGUAGGCCAUCUGUUCAACUAAAAACCUUUACGGUUUGUGUAUUACUUUCACAUCAAAACCAUUGUUUUUGUCGGAACCUUUAUUACGAAUUUGUUAUUGUGAAUCUUCGUGAAUAGAUUUUAGUGUUUUAAGGUUUUUGUUAAUAUCCUUGUAUUGUAUGUCUACCUUUUGUUCCUUGUUUAUUUUUUAAGUAUUGUAUUGAAAAAGGUACAAGCAUACCUUUUUUCAAUACAAUAGUGAAAAGUGGGGAGUAAUGCGGCCAGUUGGUUUAAAAGUUAGGGAAUACUUGAAAAAGGUUUAUACAAUUCAAAUUCACAAUCACAUCACGUCAUAUUUUCUCCCUGCACCUAGUGUUUAGUUGAAAUUUGACAAUGAGUGAUAAAAGGAAACGCAGUCAAAAUUUUACUCUUGAAGAGAAGGAUAAACUAGUUAAGAUCCUGGCUAUGUAUAAAGAUACUAUAUUAAAUAAGAGAACUGAUGGGACUACAAAUGAAGCAAAAACAAAAGCUUGGGUCUCAGUUGCAGCUAGAUUCAACAGUUCUGCUACGACUCACAGAUCAAAAGAGUCUCUAUUAAGAGUUUGGGAAAAAUUGAAAACAGAAGCUAAACUGUAUAAAAGUAAUUUGAGAGAAAAUUUCAAUAAAACAGGAGGAGGUCCUUGUAUUACCAAAAUUGAUCCCAUUUUGGAACAAGUCUGUAGUAUUAUGGGGCGGGCUUGUACUGGCAUUUUAAAUAUAAAUGAUAGUGAUGCAGAUUUACCAUUGACAGUGAAUAUAGAAAAUGUAAUAAGUCCAUUGCCCACUGAUCUAAUAAACCCAGUUGCAGCUAUCCAGCAGAACACAAAUUCAACAGCAGAUUUAGUGGAAACAGAAUUUCUAAUGAGUAAAGAGCCUUUACAUGACAAUGUCAUCAACUUGAUGGCAACUGAUGACAUACAACUUAAUAAAAAUGUUGCUCCUGCCUCUCCCAUUAGUACACCAAUUUGGGCAAGAAGACGGAGGCCAAUAAUUAAUCAAACCAAUGAGAGGACUGAGGUAGCAAAUGUGCUAUGUGCAAGCUAUGGAGACUUAAACCAAAAAAGGCUGAGCAUAGAUGAGUUAAAACAUCAACUUUUAACUGAAGAAAUUGAAUUUAAAAGGGAAUUGUACCAGAUAAAAUUAAAGUCUGCAGAGAAAGAUUUGGAAAUAAAAACUGAAGUUUUGAAACAAAUAAAAGGCAAGUUUAUAAUUUUAAUUCAUAUUUAUUCAACCAAAGACUAA